GCCGAGCGUGCGCCAACAUGGCGACGAACGUGUAUUUCUUCCGCGAUGCCCGAGUGGCCCCGGAUCCGGUGCUGGAGGCCGGUCCAGUGGCUGACGGGUUGCAUCCGGUGCCCCUGGUACUGGACAACGGGUCUUUCCAGGCCCGCGCCGGCUGGGCGUGCCCUGGGCCGGACCCGGGCCCCGAGCCGCGUCUGCAGUUCCGUGCCGUGUGCGCCCGCGGACGCGGCGGGGCGCGCGGUGGAGCGGGUCCUCAGGUGGGCAACGCGCUGGGCAGCCUGGAGCCGCUGCGCUGGAUGCUGCGCUCGCCCUUCGACCGCAACGUGCCGGUCAACCUGGAGCUGCAGGAGCUGCUGCUGGACUACAGCUUCCAGCACCUGGGCGUCUCCUCCCAGGGCUGCGUGGAUCAUCCCAUCGUUUUGACAGAAGCUGUGUGCAACCCGCUGUACUCUCGACAGAUGAUGUCCGAGCUGCUGUUUGAGUGCUACGGCAUUCCCAAGGUGGCCUAUGGAAUAGACGGCCUCUUCAGCUUCUACCACAACAUGCCCAGGAACGUCAUGUCCAACGGGCUCAUCAUCUCCUCGGGAUACCAGUGCACGCAUAUUUUACCCGUCUUGGAUGGCAGGUUAGAUGCUAAGAACUGCAAGCGCAUCAAUCUCGGAGGAAGCCAAGCAGCUGCCUACCUGCAGCGGCUCCUGCAGCUGAAGUAUCCCGGGCACCUGGCCGCCAUCACCCUGAGCCGCAUGGAGGAGAUCCUGCAGGAACACAGCUACAUUGCCGAGGACUACGUGGAAGAAUUGCAGAAGUGGCGGUGUCCUGACUACUACGAGAACAACGUCCACAAGAUGCAGCUGCCCUUUUCCAGCAAGCUGCUGGGCAGCACUCUGACCCUGGAGGAGAAGCAAGAGCGGCGGCAGCAGCAGCUGCGCCGGCUGCAGGAGCUCAACGCGCGGCGGCGGGAGGAGAAGCUGCAGCUGGACCAGGAGCGACUGGACAGACUGCUCUACGUGCAGGAACUUCUCGAAGACGGUCAGAUGGAUCAGUUUCACAAAGCUCUGAUCGAGCUGAACAUGGACUCCCCUGAAGAGCUGCAGUCCUACAUCCAGAAGCUCAGCGUGGCAGUGGAGCAAGCCAAGCAGAAAAUCCUUCAAGCGGAAGUCAGCCUCGAGGUGGAUGUGGUGGACAGCAAGCCAGAGACCCCUGACCUAGAGCAGCUGGAGCCAACCCUGGAAGACGUGGAAAGCAUGAAUGACUUUGAACCUUUGUUUUCGGAGGAAACGCCAGAAGUGGAGAAGCCGGUCACUACCGUCCAGCCCGUGUUUAACCUGGCAGCCUACCAUCAGCUGUUUGUCGGGACGGAAAGGAUCCGAGCUCCGGAGAUCAUCUUCCAGCCGUCUCUCAUAGGAGAAGAGCAGGCAGGGGUGGCGGAGACACUGCAGUACGUCCUGGACAGGUACCCGAAGGACACGCAGGAGACGCUGGUGCAGAACGUGUUCCUCACAGGCGGGAAUGUGAUGUACCCCGGGCUGAAGGCCAGGGUGGAGAAGGAGCUGCUGGAGAUGAGGCCCUUCCAGUCUGCAUUCCAGGUUCACCUGGCCUCGAACCCCGUGCUGGAUGCCUGGUAUGGUGCUCGUGACUGGGCCUUGAACCACCUGAGUGACGACGAAGCCUGGAUCACCAGGAAGGACUAUGAGGAGAAGGGCGGCGAGUUCCUCCGGGAGCACUGUGCUUCCAACGUCUACGUGCCCAUCCGCCUGCCCAAGCAGGCCUCGCGCUCCUCGGAGGCUCAGGCCUCCAGCAGAGGCCCAGGGGGCAGCGGGGCCAGUGAGCAGCUAUAGCGCAGGCCCCACCAAGGAUGCUUGUGGGCCAUCUGGGCAGUGUGACGGGCCAGGACUGCGCUACAUAGAUGUGCCUGCAUGAGGCCGGCAGUCAGAGUUGGCUGCGAAGUGAAUUUCUCCUGCGGAGAAGAGAUGCGGGGAGUCGUUCCCCCUUAGGGUUCCGUUCACACGGGCUUCUCCGGGAGGAGCGGUGAGCGCCCUCUGCUGUCCGUGUGGAGCCAUGGCGGCCUGGGGCUUCGGUUUCCUGCAGCCGUG